AUGACUCCCGCUGUCAAGUACGGCCAGAUAAUCGAGUACAUACCUGAUCGAUUGUAUUUAGCUGCCUACACCACUCCUCCCUCCGCCGACACCCUCUUCCCAUACCCCGACCCUCCUCCAUCGCGCCGCUCCCCGAGCAAGCGGUCGGCACGAGCUGUCGAUGGGCCCGCGGCCGUUCUCUCAGAGCGGGAUCGCACUCCUCCAUGCUACUUCUCGAUCGACGACACCCUCCUAUACAAUGCCUUCCACCACGAUUUUGGACCAUUGCACAUUGGCCACUUGUACCGAUUUGCCGUUCAGUUCCAUGAUAUCUUAGGGGCGCCCGAGAACAAGAGCAGGCCCGUGGUUUUCUGGAGCAAGGCGGACGCGCGGAGCCGAGCAAACGCGGCCUGUCUGCUGGCGGCUUACAUGGUCCUCAUCCAAGCUUGGGCUCCCCAUCUAGCUCUUGCGCCCAUUGCCCAAGCCGACCCACCUCUCAUGCCAUUCCGCGAUGCAGGAUACAGUCAAGCAGAUUAUGGAAUCACAGUACAGGAUGUUGUCUACGGUGUGUGGCGGGCAAAGGAACAAGGAUUUUGCGCUCUGCCGCAAUUCGACCUCGAGGAGUAUGAGCGAUACGAGAGAGUGGAUCAGGGCGAUUUCAAUUGGUUGACUCCGGACUUCCUCGCAUUUGCAUCUCCACAACACACUCCUGUAGCACCCAUCUCGCCGACAUCCCCUAUCUAUGCCACAUUACCAUCGACUCUGGAGGCAGUCGAUGCUCAUCCAACCCUUCCGGGCCCAUUCAAGAAUGUUCUCAAGCACUUCGUGGAGCGCAAUAUCGGCCUGGUGGUCCGUCUAAACUCCGAGUUGUACUCGCCAUCGUACUUUACUGCUCUUGGCAUCCAACACUUGGACAUGAUAUUCGACGAUGGAACGUGCCCCCCACUCAGCACCGUUCGAAAGUUCAUUACCCUGGCACAUGAGAUGAUUACUGUCAAGAAGAGAGGUAUUGCUGUACACUGCAAAGCUGGACUCGGACGCACUGGCUGUCUCAUUGGGGCUUACCUGAUCUACCGCUAUGCGUUCACUGCCAACGAGAUCAUCGCCUACAUGCGCUUCAUGCGACCCGGUAUGGUUGUUGGCCCCCAGCAACAUUGGCUGCAUCUGAACCAAGGUAUUUUCCGCGAGUGGUGGCUUGAGGAACAGUUCGAGAUCAAAAUGAAGGAGAAGAUGGCCAGCAUGGCACCACACACACCGACCAGGAACUCUCAGAAACAAUACUUAAUCGGCAAACAAAUUGCUACUCCUCCGAACGGAAGCAGACGGUCACCACUCGGUGAAGUUGACAACGAGCGUAACAGUAGUAUUGGUGUCCAAGACGACUGCUUGCCAGCCCCGACCCCAGGUCAACCUAGAAAGACUAGCCGAACAGCUGCCGACCGCCACCACCCAUACAGCCGCAACAUCUCAUACAGUACUACCGAAGAGGCUGAUCACGUGCUACAACGGGAAACCGAAGUGAUCUCUAUCCACCGUUCAUCGAACGAUGACCCAGACGGAGAGGAUGAGAUCCAAUUCCGCAUGCGAAGCAGCCGCAAGUCCUCACGAUCUCCCACAGGCCGCAGCAUUAGCCACACCACGACCACGAUAUACACCUCCGUCGACAAUGACAGCAGCAACGAUAUUGAGAAUAUCGGCGCCGGUCCUCGACCAAAGACUCCUGGGACUAUUAAGUCAGGAAGCGGCUCCAGCACUCUUGCCAAAGUCCGCGGAAGCGCGAAGCGAAGCGGCGAUGGAUCGCGAUGUGCUGACAAGCCUAUCGGUGUCCGAAAGACAAGUGGGAGGAUCGGGAGUAUCAACUCUUCGCGCAAGGUGUCGUCGGCAUAUGAAAAUGGGGUUGGCAUUGGCGUUGUCGGGUGA